AUGUCCUUUGGAUGGUCAGCAGGUGACAUCGCUGCGGCACUGACCGUUGCCUACAAUCUUAUCCAAGCUCUUGACAGUGUCGACGGAGCCGCUGGCAAUUAUCGCGAGGCUGUAUCAUUCCUGCAACAUUUGAAGCGAACCCUUGAGCCUUUGCAGAGCUUUACGGCUUGGAGUGCCUAUCCAGAGUAUGGGGCAGAUAUUUCGGAGCAAGUGAGCUUUAUAAGGGAGCCGGUUGAGCAAUUCCUCGUGAAGGUAUUGAAGUUUGAGCCUUGCCUUGGGGACAAGACUAGGGGAGGCAACCAUCGUCAUGUUUUUCAGAAGCUGCAGUGGUAUAUGUUCAUGUCGAAGAAGGUCUUCGCUUUGGAAAAGAAGAUCGGGUCACACAUGCGAAUCAUCGAUUCGUUGAUGCAACGGUUGACUAUGGAUAUGGUCUGGAGAACUCAGCAAACGCUCCCGGAUACUCUACGGCUAACAUUCCAAGAAACAAUACGGCCUGAUAUCAUGGCUACCCUUCGAGAAAACUUGUCGCCUUUACGUUCGACCCUUUUAGAGGACGGCCGAAGCCAAGCACGUGAAAGCAGCGAGACAUUGGUCACUACCUCAUCAAAAGAUUAUGGAGAAUUGACAUCAGCAAUGGAGCACAUGAAACUGCAAAUAAACAGCUCCGAGAUCAUAUUACGGAAUAUUGAGACCUCGCUUCGAGGAGCUUGUUCAAAACCUAGGCAAAAAGCUCUACUGGGAUUAGAUCAACCAUGCGAUCUGGAAAGGACUACCGGGACCUUGAAUCUGGAUUCCGGUGAUCUACCCAGUGCGAAAGUCGCUCGGGAAUCGUUACAGGAAAUUUACUACCUAGUAUUCUUGUACCUCGGCUGCUUCCUCAAGAACCUCUUUCUUGCAAUAUCUCGGAUGGUCCAACCACCGCGAGCUUUGAUGCCGAAAUUGCUAGCUCAGUACAACAUAUCUUUUCUAGAUGCAAUUGGGAGGCCACCACGGGUAUUGCCAUUCGAGUAUUUUCGAAGUUUUAAGGUCUUACAAGCUUUCAUUCAAGACGAUUUCAAAAGCCUUCCUGGCGGUACAUGGGUGGAUCGUGGCAAAUAUCUGAUCGUGAGUCUGGCGAAUAACCGGGCUUUAAAUGAGCAGAAUUGGAAUCGUACUAUUGCUCCUGGUGCAAAAGUUGCGAUGUCUAUGAUAGUACGCAAGCGUCUCAGAUCUUCAACAACUAAUAGAGAACGGUGUCCCGAGCCCAGCUGCUCUGGAACUUGGGUGAGGUCAAAGACGGAGUCGUGGGAAACUUGCCCAGUCUGCCAAAAGGAAAUCCUAAAUGCAGUUCUCGAUAGUGCACAGGAUAUUGCUACCCAAGAUGCUAUGAGGACACCUUUACCCUCUUCUGCCAGUAGACCUAAUCUUGGACUACCAUCGAGCCUUCCAACGUCUCUUCCUUCAAGUACAAUAAGACUGGAAUCAGAUAUUGACGAGGAUAUCUCAGUGUUCAAAAGAAUUGUACAAGAGCGCGAUGCCAAAAGACUGGACCGCGACGCAACAAUAAAGCCGCUCCCAACAUGUCCAAGGACAGAUUUCACUGGAGGUCACAAUGAUUGGUUGACGAUACCACACGCUCCUAGCUUCGAUAUUUGCCCAUCCUGCUUCAACUCCGUAAUUGCACCUACAGACUAUCGGGGCUAUUUUGUCUCUGCUGCUGAACGAGCACCUGAGGUGGAAGUACUGUGCGAUUUCGGCUCCUGCCCAUGGUUUCGUAUAGCGUGGCUUUUGGCACUCAAGGAAGGAAGACAAGAUCUACAGAUGUUUAAAGAGCUAGCAAGUAUUACUGCAUCAAUUCCACCAUGCUUCGGCAGUCGCGCAGUUGGAAGACAGUGGUAUUCAGUUAUCGACCCGUCACGUGGAAAACCGAUUCGCGAUUUCGAUGUGUGCCCCAGUUGCGUCAAGAGCAUAGAGGUCUUGCUUCCAGCCAUAAAGGGUGUAUUCAUCAAGAAGACUUCUGGCUUAGUAGACUCUCCGAAGGUGUGUGAUUUAAGAUUCGAAAGCAAGCGUUUCGUUCCAUACUUCGAUGCAUUAGAAACAAUGUCAGACGGGGCAUCUGUUCAUGACGGCGAGACUCUGGAUACUCGAGAUUUUGUCCAACUCGCGAAAAGAUUUUCCACAAUAGAGGAAUGCCUGCGGGACACUGAGCUGACUGAUCGGCGCUGGCAUACAAUCACCGAGCUACCCGAAUUUACAGUAUGCGAAGAUUGUUUCGUUCAGGUUGUCUGGCCAGAAGUAGAGGAACAGAAAGCCUUGGCUUCCCUGUUCAACAAAACCAUGCAGAGAUUGCCAAAUGCCUCAUGCCAGUUGUCUUCCCGGAGGAUGAGGAGAGUGUUUCGGGAUGCGGUUGAUGCAGGCGAUUUCGAGUUGCUAGCAUCGACGGCUAGGGAGAGAGCAUCUCUCCAAACCAAAUACAGAUCAAUAUUAAGAGCGGAUACUAUCCUCACGGAAAGAGAAACCACGAAGCUAAAAGAGGAAUGGAUGAAAUGGAAUGACUAG